AUGCAAGAAGAGUUCGAUAUCAUGCCCACCAACGGCUGGAGUACCGCUCCUGUCAACGUCUCAGGAGUUCAUCCGACAUACGACCAAACACACCUCCAGGCACCAUAUCCGAAUUACGGCGGGUUCGACUACAACUCUGCAGCAGACGGUGUCUCAUACCACGAUCAAACCGGCACUGGACUGUUCAACCACAACGGCGACCACUCAGGCUUCACCAACCCAUUCCCCAGCACACCACCUGCCACUUCCAGAAAGCUCAAAGUUGACCAUGGAACUGCCGAGCAUGUAGCCGAUGAUGACUACACGCCAUCUCGCAAGCCGACUCAAAGUCUUCCACGCUCAACUCCUGCGGCACCAACCGGCGUUCCCGCUUUCGACAACUUCUACUCCGCAUACCCAUCUCAGCAUCUCCAAGCUCCUUACGCCACGAGUAACAGAGCUCCACUGCCCACCAUCAAAGAAGACGACGAGGAUUCUCAGGCCAUCUGGACGAACAGGUUCCAGACUGCAGAAGAAGCUGCAAACUACCUCUCGACCCUGCAAGAACCACUCCAACUUCCAGUCCUGACUGGCGACGAUGCCGUCUUCUACCAAGCCUUCUUCAUGCAUGAAGUGGCCGAAGCCGCUUUCAAGGCCAUCACGCACAGCUACGGUCCGCCGCCAAAAGGCUGGGAUGAGAUCAAGCGCUGCUACUACGCCAAACAGCAAGACAACGUCAUGGAGAAGAUCGUCGAGAUAUUGCACACCCCACAAGGUCGCAAGACGGCAGAAGCAAGAGUGUUCAUGGCAGUGCAGGCGGGUAUUGACGCUCACCUCGUUGGCAUGCCGGCUUCGCACUUCGGGAAGAGGAAGCGUGGUGCUGGUCGUGUCGGCUACAAAAGCGAUGUCAGCUUGAUCUGCUCUCAGCGAUUGGAAGCUAUGAGGUUCGGUAUUGAGCAGAACAAGCUCAUCGCCUUCGAUGUGUUGAAUGGAGUGGGUCUCACGGAUUUCGCUCGCAAUCCGGGCCUGUAUCUGGAGAGGAAGUACAUCAACGUCAAGAGCAAUGGUAACAAGAAGGAGGGUCAACAGCUGUUCAACAAGAUGAAGAAGGAGAGUGUGGCGGAGCCGGCUGUGCAGUACGAUCAGUUCGCCGGCACUGAGUGGAGUGUGCCGCCAUCGCCAGACUCUGGUCCUACGAAGCAGCAGCACCGAGCAGUCUAUCCGGAGGACGAAGUCGCAGAUGGUCCGUCAGUCAACAACAUGUACGGCCAGCUCAGUAUCCACGAGAGAGGCGAGGUCGGCAGCAACAAGCAGGACCACGGAGGUGCUGCGGCUUUCUGCUACAGUCUGGAAAUUGCGGGAACGAACAAGGCAGGUCGAGAGGAUGACUAUGCAGGACAAAGAGUGUCUCAGGACUGA